ACAUAAAAAAAAAAAACAGAUUAGAAGGAAACAGAGGCAGAGACAGAGGACAGGAAUUAUUUCUUUUUCAAUUAUAUUUUUUAAUAAAUAAAUUCUAAAAUUAUCUCACGAUAUUUACGAAUUAUCAAAUAUUUCCAACAAAAACCCCUCAACUACUCAUCAGCAAAUAGAGAAAGUGAAAAACUUCAACAGAAAAAUAAAUACAAAGAAAUUCUCUUACGACAGAGCGAUUUCCUUGAGCACACUCGUACUCACCAAAAUACAAAGUACGACGAAAACGAAAAUAUAUAUGCAGACAGAAUUUUGUCUUCAGCAGCAACGAUACGAUAACUUUGUGUGACGACGAAGACGACGACGACAAACAGCAGGCAGCAGGAGGAGGAGCUGCAGCAGAAGAAGCAGACGACGAGGUCGAGGUGAUCAGUGAGCAGCGAGAAGUCCAAAUUUCACAAGAAAAAAGCAAAAGGAAGACAUGAAUUCUGUUCAAGAGAAUUGCUCAACAAAGCCAUCAAAGAAAAAGACGAAAAACAAAAGAAAGCAAUGCGCAGAGAAUGGAACUGGCAAUGGCCCUGCUCCCCAAACCCAAUCCCAAUCUCAAACCCAACAGACAGACAGACUAAACGAGAAAUUAAAGCAAGCUCUUCAUAUCAGCUCUUCUGGGAAGGUCAGCAACAACGCAAAACAGGAACACAACGGCACUGACAGUCACCACAACCAGCAGGAGCAGGAGCAAUGUGAACGAGAAGAGUCCCUAACUAAUGGAGGACCAUCCUCACAGAAUGGCCAUGUUGAACCCAGAUUAAACGGGGAUUGCAAUAUUAGUAAAAGUAGUAGAAAUCCUAAGGAACGCAAUAGUUGUCAUGGCUCUAGCAAUGGCCAGGUAAAGAUUCUUAAUGAUCAUGAUAUAGUAGCUAAGGUAAGGGAGGAAGAUGAAGAGCAGGAGGAGGAGAAAGAUGGAAAAGCAAAAAGCAGCACUAGUGGCUUAAGCAACGGCUGCACCCAUCCUAGCAGUAGAAGAACUCCAUCGCCACCACCACCAUCACAGCCACAAGCAACUAAGGAUGAGGGUGAUUCCAAGGAGAAAAUUGACCAACAACAACAACAACUAGAACUAUCACCAGUCAUCGCACAACCUGCCAUCAACUUAGAAAAUAUCCAGAUCGAAUAUAAAGAGUACGAGUCCGAGUUGCAGAUGCAUGAUAUAAUGCGUCUUAUUCAAGCUGAACUGUCGGAGCCUUAUUCGAUUUACACUUAUCGGUACUUCAUAUAUAAUUGGCCGAAGCUGUGCUUCUUGGCCGCUCACGGCAACGAAUACGUUGGAGCUAUUGUUUGCAAACUAGAUAUGCACAUGAAUGUAAAAAGGGGAUACAUAGCAAUGUUGGCAGUACGACGGGAAUAUAGGAAAUUAAAAAUUGGUACAACACUUGUGCAAAAGGCCAUUGAGGCGAUGUUAGCUGAUAACGCUGAUGAGGUUGUUCUCGAAACCGAGAUGCGCAACAUACCCGCACUGCGUCUUUACGAAAAUCUAGGAUUUGUCCGUGACAAAAGACUGUUUCGAUAUUACUUGAACGGUGUUGAUGCUCUUCGACUUAAGCUCUGGUUCAGAUGAGAUUUUAUUUAGUCUUAAAUAAAAUCAUCAAAUUCAAAAUCCUAGACGAGCAAUAAAUAAAUACAUGAACAAGGAAACAUAAUUUUUUCUUUGGAAAUAAAGGAAGGAAAUCUAAUAAUGUGCGAGAGGAUAAAACAAAAUCACCCAUAUUUACAUUUUAUUGAUAUGUGUUCAAAUAUUUUUCUUUUUUAAGUUAACACUUAAAAUUAAACAUGGUCCGUUGCUUCCUUUACCAUAUUAUGGCAAUUGGUUUUAAUUGUUCAAUACUUUAAAUAUAACAAAAGCUUAACAAAACACUCAAUAAUCUCUCGUUUUAAAA